AUGAGUGAACGAACCAGAAUUGUUCUUUUUGGACUUGCUGGACAAGGAAAAUCCUCUAUUGCUAACAUGCUGAUUCAAGGUGACAUUUAUGACGAGGUUAAAGAUCAUGAAGGCAAUUUUCAAAGAAGAAAUGCGUUCAAAAUUAACGAUGGUGCUGUUGGGGCAAGUGUUGAUCUUGUAUGUGGUGCUAAUGAUGUAUUUGAAGUAUACGAUACGAUUGGAGUAGGUGAAACAGUUUCUGGAAGUGUUCCGCAUAAUAAGGCUGUCAACGCGAUAAGAAAUUAUUUUACUAUAUGUCAGGUCCCACUCAAUUAUAUAGCUUACGUUAAAAAGCAGGGUAGAUUUACUGUAGAAGAUCGUAAAAUGUUCCAAUUAUUUAAAAAUAUAUUUGAGGGAAGUGAUGAAAAUUUCAUUAUCAUUAUCACUAAUAGUGGACAGAGAUGGGUAGAAAGGAACCUAAACGCAAUAAAGAAGAUAUUUGGAGAUUAUCCGAUUAUUCCGGUUGACUUUCCUUGGGAUGAAGAAGAAGAAGAUGAUACUUUUCAUAGAAAUAAAAGAGCGCAAAGCCUGCAAAUUUUGACUAAUAGAUUCUCAGAAUUACAAUACAAGGGUAUUGAAUUUCAGGUUCUUAGCUCGUUUCAGACGGUCGAGAACAUAAUAGCUCAAGUCAUUGACAUUUUACCAGUAGCUGGCUCGACAUACCAACUGAUUUCUUCUGGUGUAUACUAUAAGAUAGGAAAGAAAAAUUUAGCAAAACAAAGACUUAGAAAUGGGGCUGUCGGGGCUGUUAUGGAUAUUGCGUGUGUUGGUGCUCUUCGAGUUGGUGUAUCUGCGGGUAAGGUAGCAGGAAAAAGUGUAGGAAAAAUUGUUGGAAGAACUGUAGGGUUGGAAGUUUUGUCGAGAGUCGUACGAAAUGGUUUUAAGAAUUUCACAUCUGAAUAA